GUGAACGGAUUUUAAAACAAUCAGUGAGCAGGAUCCAGACUGGACGAAAACCCUACAGCCUUUCAACCCAACACGAUUCAGACAACCAUGGAAUGUGGACCAGCUGGUUCAACAUUGACCAUCCUGGAGGCAACGGGGAUUAUGAACGCUUAGAUGCCAUUCGCUUCUACUACCGGAACCGGGUGUGCCUGAGACCCAUCCGCAUCGAAGCCCGGACCACCGACUGGGUUCCUGCAACCAGUUCAGGGCAGUUGGUCCAUUCCAGUGUCCACGAGGGCUUCUGGUGCCUGAAUAAGGAGCAGCCUCUGGGGCAAACAUGCUUAAAUUAUGCAGUGCGUUUUCUCUGCCCUGCCGGCUCUUUGGCUGGCAGUUCCAAAAGGUUCUGGUCUUCGUGGUCAACGUGGAGCCCGUGUUCUGGGCACUGUGAGCAAGCUGGUAUCCAGACUCGGACUAGGACGUGCCUUACAGAUAACAUCUGGGAUCCCCGCUGCAAGGAAAUCAGUGAGGAAGGGAGGGGCUGUGUGGGCCCCCCUUGUGCAGUUUGCAACAUGACUUGCUCCCUGGGUUGGGCGAAUGCCGAGUGCAGUGCAUGUUUCUGCCAAGAACAUUUCCUCCAUGGCAACAUUUCUCUACAAGAUGGUGCCCCGGCAGCUGGAGCCCGCAUCUCUCUGCAAGCCAAGCCAACAAAGUUCUUAACAGAGACAGACCACAAUGGGGCAUUUCAGGUUCCUGGCCUGUGCCCUGAUGGAAAAACCACUCUGCAAAUUAACAAGCCCAAGUAUGCGACCGCUGUGAUCACUUUGUCGGAGAGUGCUGAAAAUUCCUCAGCCGUUCAGAUCUCCUUGAAAAGAGCAGAAAAGCCAUACAUGACGGUGCAUCCAGAAAACAAAGCAAGAAGAGAGGGUCAAAGUGUUUCAUUCUGUUGUCAUGCCACUGGAAAUCCAGCACCUGGCAGAUAUUUGUGGUUCCACAAUGAUACGCUGCUGGAUCCUGCCCUUUAUAAAUAUAUAAGCAACUUGAUUUUAAAGAAUUUGAAAAUGGACCAAGCCGGACGGUACUUUUGUAAGACCAGCAAUGAAGCCGGUUCGGUCAAGUCACAAAGUGCAACCCUUUCGGUCAUAGCAAAGAACAAUGCACCCUGUGACUCAAGGCCUGAGAGUUAUCUUAUCCGACUGCCCCAUGACUGCUUUCAGAACUCAACCAAUUCUUUCUACUAUGAUGUUGGUAGAUGUUCAUCUAGUACGUGCUCUGGAAUGCUACGUGAGGGCUUCCGGUGCAAGGACACAAUUGCUUACUGCUGUGGGGCCUCCAAAAUGGAAACACAAGAAAUAACAUGUGCUGGAUACACACUUCCCAUCAAGGUGACUGUGGAGUGUGGCUGUCAGAAGUGCACCAAGGCCAAGGUCACCGUUCGAGGAAGAGCUGUGGCUUCUGAUUCAGGAGAGCCCAUGAGGUUUGGUCAUAUCUAUAUGGGGAACAACAGGGUCAGCAUGACGGGUUAUAAGGGCACAUUUUCUGUCCAAGUGCCCCCAAACACUGAGAGACUGGUCCUCACCUUUGUGGACCGCCUGCAGAAGUUUGUAAACACAACCAAAGUGUUGCCUUUUAACAAGAAUGGUGGGACGGUUUUCCACGAGAUCAGGAUGUUGAGGAAAAAGCCACCUAUCACACUAGAAUCCACUGAAACCAAUGUGAUUUCCUUGGGAGAAAUAGAGGGAGACGACCCAAUUGCUGAACUUGAAAUUCCUCCCAAUACAUUUUACAGACUGAAUGGAGAUCUCUAUGCAGGGAAAGUUAAAGCCAGUGUGACUUUCCUAGAUCCGAGAAAUGUCUCCAGUGCAGCCACAGCUCAGACUGACUUGAAUUUCGUAGAUGCUGAAGGGGAUAUGCUCCCUCUGCGGACGUAUGGCAUGUUUUCUAUGGAUUUCACAGACGAAACAGCCACAGAAUCACUCAAUGCAGGCAAAGUGAAGAUCCACCUGGACUCAGCUCAGAUCAAGAUGCCAGAACAUCUGAAAGGGAUUAAACUUUGGUCUCUGAAUCCACAAACAGGUUUAUGGGAAGAAGAAGGUGGUUUCGAAUUGGAUUCGAGCAGGCGUGGAAAGCGAGAGGAGAGAACGUUUCUGGUAGGCAACAUGGAGAUACGAGAAAGGCGGCUUUUCAACUUGGAUGUCCCAGAGAGCAGACGGUGCUACAUCAAGGUGCGUGCUUACAGAAGCGAGAGAUAUCUGCCCAGUGAACAAGUUGCAGGUGUGGUCGUCUCAGUUAUCAACUUAGAACCAACCCCGGGAUAUUCUACCAACCCUAGAGCUUGGGGGCGAUUUGACAGUGCUGUCACUGGCUCCAGUGGAGUUUGUGUUCCAGCUUUCUGUGAUGACCGAAAUCCAGAUGCCUACACUGCCUAUGUCAUGGCAAGUCUUGGGGGAGAAGAACUUGAAGCAGUUCCCUCCUCUCCCCAGCUUAACCCUUUUGCUGUGGGAGUGCCACAACCAUACCUCAAUAAACUCAACUACAGGAGAACAGAUCAUCUGGAUCAUAAUGUGAAGAAAACGGCAUUCAGGAUCAGCGUGGCCAAGCCUACUCCCAACAUUGCUGAAGAGAGCAAUGGUCCCAUAUAUCCUUAUGACAAGCUACAUGAGUGUGAAGUUGCUCUCCCCACAGCUGCUCACUUCAGGUUUUACAGAGUGGAAGGAGACAAAUAUGAUUAUAACACCAUUCCUUUUAAUGAGGAUGAUCCCAUGAACUGGACAGAAGACUACUUGGCUUGGUGGCCCAAACCAAUGGAAUUUAGGGCAUGUUAUAUUAAAGUGAGAAUCACUGGGCCCCUUGAGGUGAUUGUGAGAUCCCGCAACACAGGGGGCACCCAUCCGCGGACUGUUGGCAAGUUGUAUGGCAUCAGAGAUGUGCGGAGCAUCCGUGCUUUAGACCAUCCUAACCUUUCAACAGCAUGUCUAGAAUUCAAGUGCAGUGGCAUGUUGUAUGAUCAAGAACGUGUGGAUCGGACGCUGGUGAAGAUCAUCCCCCAGGGGAGCUGUUACAGGGAGAAUGUCAAUAGCAUGUUGCAUGAAUAUUUGGUAAACCACCUCCCAGUUGCAGUUAAUAACGAUUCCAGCCAAUAUACAAUGUUGGCUCCUCUUGAUCCUCUUGGUCACAACUAUGGGAUCUAUACCGUUACUGAUCAAGAUCCUAGGACAGCCAAAGAAAUAGCUCUGGGACGAUGUUUUGAUGGGACAUCUGACAGCUCUUCAAGAAUUAUGAAGAGCAAUGUGGGCAUAGCGUUAACUUUUAAUUGUCAAGAGAAACCCACACGAGAAAACAUAUUCCAGUCCCUAAGGAAUGUGCCCAGUAGGUUCUCAGCAAACCCUCUUAGAGAGAGAACUGGAGUAAGACGACGAAGCGAAAGUCCUCAGAGCAUGAGUUCUUCCGGUUAGGGUCCCACAAAAAGUCCGGUAAGCUCUGAUACACUUGCUCCUGAACUGACAGCUCUGUGCGAAUCCCAGCCUCUCAUCUGAAUUCAUGUGCCAGAGACGACACCACGUGACAACACACAUCCUUGCCAAUACUUUUUAGAGUAGUUUUUAUUAAAAGAUUUUAGAUAUAUAAUAAGAAAUACAUUCAAAGC